AUGAGGAUUCUGGCAGCACUAUUGACAGUAUGUCUGGUAAGGUUAUGCCAUUCUGUAGGUUAUUUCACAACUUGUUGUGGAGGGAGUCCUACUAAUCCCAUUACUCUAGAUCUUUCUAACCCUGACCCAUCAAUCUGCAGAGCCAUUGAAACAGAUGUUGAUGGACUUCCUGCAAAGAUUUACCUCCUAAAGUCUAAAAAAGUUAAUAAAAUUGUGAAUCGAAACAAGAAGGUCUGGAUAGGUAAAUUUGGAGAUAAAUGUUUCUACUGUAUGGCAUUCCUUAAGGACAAUGAACCACGUAUAGUAGUUAUUGGUGCGGAAUCAUCUGCACGGAAAAGCUUGAAAUACUACAAGUACAAGGACAAAACCGGAUGUGGUGGUAAACCGAGUUGGAAAAAGUUGAGAAGCAGUUAUAAAAAGAAAUUUUCUGCCCUUAAACUAGGCUCCAAUGCACCAACCAAGUUCACUUUGGAUCUAUCUUCUCUCGAGGAAGGUGAUGAAAAAUACCAACUUGUAAAAUGCGGGAGGGAUGAUGUUAAUCGUUUGGUUACUCCACAACCUGGGCAUCUUAUAGAAAAGAUUGUGGACGGAGAGAAGGAAGUAUGGACUGCUGGUAACAAUCAAGUUUGCUAUCUCUGUGAAUACUACCCAAAGAGCGCUUCCGGAAAGGUCAAGUUACAUGUCAGGAAGAACAAAGACUCAUUUUCGUUUCUUCGCUUUGGGAAGGUUGGUGAUAAAUGGAAGAAAAAGUAG